AUGGCUCUCCGCACAGUCUUCACCUUGACGACUGCCCGCUCUACAAUUUCGCGAGGCGUAUACAGCGCUGAGCUCUAUUCUUCCACUGGUUUCCAAUUGACCAAAUCCUCCCUACCAAGAUACCAGACACGUCUGUCCUCAAGCUCGACCUCCGCAUUAGCCUAUAAGGCACUUCAUCGCCGGUCUCCGCUUCCUCUCCCAGUCGCCGAGACCUCACCAACAUGGUCCGCUCCGGCGGCGGUCUCAUCAAUUCUCUACGAAACGCCUGUUCCUUCGACAAAACCUCCAAAGCGACAUGUGUUGAACUGCUUGGUGCAAAACGAGCCGGGAGUGCUGUCUCGUAUAUCUGGUAUCCUGGCCGCGCGUGGAUUUAAUAUUGACAGUCUUGUCGUUUGCAAUACGGAGGUUGAGGAUCUGUCUCGCAUGACAAUCGUUCUUCGCGGAUUGGACGGCGUUGUUGAGCAGGCCAGGCGCCAGUUGGAUGACCUGGUUCCUGUCUGGGCUGUCUUAGACUACACAGACGCCGCUCUGGUCCAGCGUGAACUUCUUUUAGCCAAAGUCAGCAUUUUGGGACCUGAAGUUUUCGAAGAGCUCCUUCAUCAUCAUAGCGAGAUGACUUCGCCUGAGAGUGCCAUGGCCAUCGAUUCAGAGAAAGCCGGCAGCACAGAAACUAGCGGAAAGGAUGCCCACAAGCGCGAAGUACAAAAAGUGAAUGGCACACUGUCCAGGGCCGCGGACUUUCACCCCAAUCGCCUAGCAGUCAGUGAGGCGUUGAGGCAUAAACACCAGCAUCUCGAAGCUAUCACCCAUUUAACUCACCAAUUCGGUGGAAAGGUGUUAGAUAUCAGCUCCAACAACUGCAUUGUAGAAAUCUCUGCCAAGCCAUCCCGUAUUAACUCGUUCUUGAAACUGAUUGCGCCGUUCGGUAUUCUUGAGUCUACUCGAACUGGUCUCAUGGCUUUGCCUCGUACUCCAAUUGGCCCAGUAAAUGAAGACUUGGAGAAAGAGGCGGCUGAAGUUGUGGAUGCUAGCACCCUCCCUCCUGGUUAG